AUGAUACCAGUCCGUCCGGCUAAACGUUUUCAAUCGACUGCAAAUGUUAAACCCGAACGAUUACGUAAAGGUCUGUUGAAAGGCCAAUUUCUCUUUGCACCUGAUAUCUCUAUACCUGAAAACGAUGUGCUACUCCCGACGACAACCGACAAUGAAAAAUCGUUAAUCUUGGCUAAGAAACUUUUAAAUGAAGAAAUUCUGUCAAGUCUACGUCGAAGUAAACGUAUUGGUAUCACUAAGUACAAAUCCGCAACAUCAUUUGAUUCCUUCAUUGAAAGUCAAUGUGAAGAUGGUAUUGAAGCACGUGACACUGGAACGGCAAAAGGACGUGGCGUAUUUACAACAAAAAAGUUUUAUCGGAAUGACUAUAUCGUCGAAUAUGCUGGAGAAUUAUUAACACAGAAUGAAGCUAAACAUCGAGAAAGUGUAUAUGGAAGAAAUCACAAAAUUGGUUGUUAUAUGUAUUAUUUCAAAUGGGGAGAAAAAGUCUUUUGUGUUGAUGCAACUGAAGAAACUAAUCGACUUGGUCGACUAAUCAAUCACAGUCGAAAGAAUAGCAAUUGUCAACCGAAAGUUUUCGUUAUACGAGAUCAACCUCGCCUUGUUCUUGUCGCUCUGCGUGACAUUGAAGUCGAUGAAGAACUUUUCUACGAUUACGGCGAACGUCGUAAAGAUAUAAUUGAUGCAUUUCCUUGGCUUAAUGAGUAG